AAAAAAAAAAAAAAAAAACAAAACACCACUAAAGCGUCUAUUUUAUCAUCGCUGUUAUUACACAUUUACCAUGGAGACUCUUCACGAGCGGCCACAGGCAAACUACAUGCCGGCUUCUCGUCAAAGCCGCAUGGCCAUUGAUUCUCUAUUGAAUCCAUCAUCAGAGAGAGAAAGUACAAGCUCUCGGAUGCAUUACAGCCACCCAGGACCACAACUGUCGCCUCUAUAUCCUCCCAGUCCCAACCAAUACUUUUAUUCCCCCUACUCAGAUGGCCACCACCCCUACGCAGAGAGUUCUGCAUCAUCCCAGGACGCAGCAUUUCUUCCUUAUCGACCUCGAUCGGCCGAGUCAUCGCCUGACGCAUACUCGCGAGAGCGAUAUGACUCGGUUUCCAGCAGCUCCAGCAAUGCUCCAGAGCGACGUCGACCUCCUCGACCGAAGUACGAGGAAGAGGAAAUGUACUUCAUCUGGUACCACCGCGUGGACCUCUGCCAAGAGUGGAAAGAAGUACGUGAAAGCUUCAACCAACAAUUCUCUAGCCGGCAGCGCCGGGGCUUCCAGGGCAUCCAAUGCAAAUUCUAUCGCUUCAUCAAAGAAAAGAAGUGCCCAACCUUGCGAGAGCAACGGCGUCUCCGUGACGGUGACUUUCUUCGUGAGGGAGCGGGUCUUGCCGCUGAAUCGGGGGCCCCGCGAUUCGGUGUGGUUGACUGGGUGGGGAUAUGGUAUCCAUGGAUGCGUGAGUCGAAAGAGGAAGUUCUCAGAAGACGCAUACCCAGGUGAAGGAGAAAAUAAAAAAAAAGACGAGGGGAAAAAAGACCCUCCUUCACACACCUCCACUUCCUCACUCUUUCCUAAUGACCAUCCGACUCGACAAUUUUGAUGUCUUUGAAAAUUGUCUUUAUUUUUCUAUUAUUUUGUCUGGAAAUUCUCUGAUACAACUCACGGCCGUCUGAAGAUACCUCUCUGUUUAAUUCCUCGAUUUCCCCCUUCUUCUCCUGGCCUAUCCUCUUUCUAUCCUCAUUUCUCUUUAUUUCUUUUGUCAAAUUUCAUUUCGCUCUUUACGUCGGCACAAUUCAGCAUGUUAUGUUACUAUUACUACUACUACUUGGGAGGCUAUCUGAUCUUUGCUUGCAUACAUGCAUCUUACACACAUGGCUAAGGGUGGGUUGGUUCUCAUCACUUUUUUGUUUUUUAACACCUUUGAAAGGGUUGGCUACGGAAACAACAACUACUGGGACUAUGGACAAUCAUCAAUAUAACCGAAUUAUUCUUUCUAUC